AUGAAGGGAUUCGUUGGCGGUAUUCCUUUGGCCCUUUUGGUGGCCGCCAUUCAGGUCCAGGCCAUGGAGCCAGGCACUGAAAUGGAGAUGGGCCAGAACAACUUACACCAGCGCCGAACUGCUGGCUUCAGCCCGGAGCAAGCUGGUGGCACUGCCAUGGGUGGACCAUCUGGUAAUGAUGAGGAUGGCACUUUCACCACUCCCUACAGUGCCAGCGUCCACGCUCAUACAAAUGUGAAUGAGCACUACAAGGAUAACCACUCCGUCAAAAUCAAGAACAAGCAUAUCUACCCUCCUUCCUAUCCCCUUGGCUUCGGCCCUGGCCCCGCUCUUGGACCUGGCGCUGGUCCAUUCGCCCACGCUGAUGGUCCUGGCGCUGGCCCCUUCCCCAAGCGUAGCUGGCCUGCUGGCGGUACUGCUGGUGGUGGUCCCUCUGGCAAUGAUGAAGGCCAAACCUUCAACAUGCCUAUUACUGGCAUCUUCCAGACCGAAGUGAACGAGUACAGCAAGGAUGAUCACUCCAUCCAUGUCAAGAACAAGGAUAUUCACCCGGGCCCCAUCAUCGAGGCCCCUGUGCAUCCUCCUCCCCACUUCGCUGGUCCUCCUGGUGCACACGCUCCCUUCCGCACCUCUGGUGAAUCAUCCGAGUUCCAUAUUCCUGCCACUGCUUUCGCUAAGCGGUUCAGCCCUGGCGGCACUGCCAUGGGUGGACCAGGGGGUGGUGACUUCCACAGCCACGAGAGCGAGGGUGAAGGAUAUCCUAUCAUUGCUGGAGGUACCGCUAUGGGUGGCCCAUCUGGUGAAGACGGUGGUCUUAAUUUCGAUAUGUCCCAGUCCGCUGACAUCCACACCAACGUCAACGAGGAGUACAAGGAUGACCACUCCAUUAACAUCAAGGACACAGAGGUUUACCCUUCUCCAUUUGGCUUGCCCUUCAAGCGUGGCCUCUAUCCCCACGGUGGUGGCGGUACUGCCCUGGGCGGUCCUUCUGGAAACGAUGGUGGUCAGGAUUUCAACAUGCCCAUCACUGUUGAGACCGACACUACUGUGAACGAGGAAUACCAGGAUGAUCACUCGAUUCACCUGAAGCACAAGGAUGUUUACCCCGCCCCUCACUUCUCUCCCUUCCACGGAGCUGCUCCCUUCCGUCGUGCCUACUCCCCUGAUCGCGUGGGUGGAAGCGAUGAUGACUUCUCUGAUCCCCCUUUCGCUUCCGGCGGUACUGCAAUGGGUGGCCCUUCUGGUGACGACGACGGAAUGGGCUUUGGCUCUGCUACCGACGUCGGUGUUGACACCAACGUUAACGAGAAGCACGAUGAUAACCACGCCAUCAAGCUCGACACCACCACUGUCCACCCAUCUUCGUGGGCUGUUCCCGUCCACAAAGUUCCUGAGACACCUGUUCAUGCCCACGCAGAGGUCCCUCAGAUGCCCUGGAUGGCGUACACCGACCAGCAGCACGCUGCCGGUUACCCGAUGGAGUCUCACGAGAGCCAGGAGAUCCCCGAGCCCUCCGAGCCUGCUCCUCCUUCUCACCGCGCUCCAGAGCCCGAAGCUUCUCAGUGUUCCGCUCAGGUCCACGAGGUUGUCCGCACCGUGACUGAGACCCAGUACAAGCAGCAGCAGGUUACCGAGACUGUUACCCAGGUCACACAAGUCCAAGCCACGGAGACCGUCACCCAGUACAAGCAUGAUCGGGCUACCGAGACUGUCACCCAGUACAAGCACGACCAGGCUACUGAGACUGUCACCCAGUACAAGGAGGUCCAGGCUACCGAGACUGUCACCCAGUACAAGCAGGUCCAGGCUACCGAGACUGUCACCCAGGUCACACAAGUCCAAGCCACGGAGACUGUCUACCAGACCCCUGUUUACUCCCACGUCUUCCAGGCAAGCUCCAUCCCCAUGCAGUCCGGCUCUGGCCCCAAGGUCAUGAGCUUCCCAGCCUCAGCUCCGUCGUCCUCCAACGUUCCCUACGUUAGCUACCCAUACCCCUCCCAGAGCUCCAACGUUCCCUACGGUAGCUCUCCAAACCCCUCCCAGAGCUCCAACGUUCCCUACGGUAGCUCUCCACACCCCUCCCAGAGCUCCAACGCCCCGGCGGCCAUGUUCUCCCAGAUCCCAGUGCACGUCCCCGUGCCAAGCCCCUCUUCCAGCGCCUCAGUGAUGCCCAUAGUUACCCCCUCUGGCAGCCACCUGAUUCCCACUGGUGUUUCUCCUGAGCAGAGCGCCAUGGCCUCCAGCUCUGCCCAUGCUACUCCUCACGCUGUCAUGUUUACUGGCGCCGCCGCCCGCGUCUCCGGUGGCCUUGUAUCCGCUGCCGCUGUUGUUGUCGGUGUCCUUGCUUUCGUCAUGUAA